AGUUCGUCAAGCCUCCCCCAUCUCAACUCAACUCGACAGGUCGCAAGCAAGCUAAAUUGCGACAACCUCCAACCUCCAUCUCCGUCACCGUGUUCCUUCACAGCAGCAAUCAUGGCCCCCACAAAGGAUGCUCGACGAGCUGACCUGAUCGUCCCCUACCAGGAGCCCAAGGCUACGGGCGACUCGACCGACUUCUCCUCGACAAUGUCCACGACUCUGCCUAUGGCUGCCAUGUUUACGCGAAACAAGCUUGUGGGAUGGGCUGCGGUUGUCUUUUCCAUUCAGAGCUGGCUGGGCGAGAGCGAGGAGUCUAAGAAGAACUCUACCACGCCUGGAUACUUUUCCGUUGGCAUGUCGAUCAUGUCCCUCGCUGUUACCUACCUCCCUAUGUUCCUCCCUCCUCCCGGGGCCAGGUCCGCCUCCGGCACCGAGGCCCCCGCUCCUGUUCCUGUGGCAUAA